ACACACACACAAACUAACACACUCAUCCAGCUAAUGCACCAGUGUGUCUUUGCUAGCUGGGCUUAUAUUUCACCGCUGAGAGGGGAGGGACCCCAGCCAAAAGGACCAUUACUCAGACAGAGAAAGAGAGGGAGACAGAUGUUGUAAUGAUGAGAGAGAAAGAGAGGCGGGGACAUGGCUGCAGGCGUACUGCGGCAGCAGCAGAGCGGCAUGACGUGAUAGAAGGUGAGAUUACAGACACAAACACACAUGUAUGCAGAGCAGCCUCACAAAAGUAGACAGACUGAGACUAAGCCAGACACCAGAAGAGUGGGAGAGGCUUCCUGUGUUUGAGGAAUGUUGAGGAAUUGUGAACCAAUGAGAGCACAGCAUCGAGGAUGCAACCGUGAUCCAGGAAAAAACACACCAUUGUUCCUGGGAAGCUGAAGAAGUGUGACGUCCCUCCACUUGCUGGCUGUCUUCCUACUCGGCCCUACGGCACAACGAAGAACUGGGAAUCCCAUUGACAAGCAAGGGCAGAAUGAGUGGGGGAGUCAAUGUGAAGUCAGCCCACCGUGGGCCUUCCUCAUCAGGAAUUCCUCUCCCCCGCAGCCUUGUGCCCAAUUCUCCGAAAACAGAUCCACGUCGCCAAACUCGUGAUUUGCAUAGGCCCUCAACACUGACCCCUCAACAUACCCCUACGCAUACACCCACCCACUCUCCAUCACUUCGCCCACGGAACACCAGCAUACCUGGGCUUUCCUCGCGGGAACACCAGAAAGAGAGAGGCCUAAAAAAUCAGCUCUACCAGCGGACUCACACGUCACAUUCGGCUUACAGCAGCCCGGUGGUCCAGCGCAGAGCCCCAUCACCACACUCCAAAGACUCGUUGGAUCUUCAAAAACUAGGUCAUGUCCAUUCACAGCCAGUGCAUGAUGGGAAUCAUAACAGAAGUGCAAUCAUUAAUAAGAACCAAGCCAACCACCUGCAUCCACCUUUCCGCUUCAGAGGAGGCGAAAACUCCAACACAACUCAGGAAGUGAGUCAAAACAUGUCAACAAGGGGAGGGAUUUCCGCUGAAAAGCCAGUCGAGUCCAGCAUUGGAAAAAACAGGAACAUUCAACCAGGUCCUGCUCAGUCAGGCUGCAAACACACUUUGAGAGGUCACAGCGGCUCCACAAGCCAGUCUGACGAGGAGAUGGGGACUCCUGAAGAAAGCAGCGCAGCCUCUUCCCCUGAUCCUCUUCCUCUUCCACUCAUCACAUUCACAAAGGCAGCAAUAUCCCGUGUUUAUGAACAGCAACCCCACCUGCCCAAAGAGUCUACAGACACACACAUAACCAGAGUCAACAUGGUGGCUGUGGCUCCAUUCAGUCACAGGCUAAGAAUACAGGAGAAUGAUUUCUCUCUGGAGGAACUAAGUGACUGUUCGUCUGGAUCUAUUGAAGUCUGCUGCGACGACCUAACAGGAGGAGGGAUGCUGGAGGCUAAUGUGGCUAACAUUAGCAUGACGGCUAAGCCCAGGGAGCUGGACCUAAGGUCUGCAGCCGUCUCCUGUCAGGAUACAUCAGCUCGGCCCAUGGCCUCCAGGAAGCCACAGGCAAAGCCCUCUGCAUUGCCUCAGGCACCUUCACGUCCUUCUGGGUCAGAGCUUAAGGUGUAUCGGCCCAACUCUGGAUCUAUCCCUAUACCAAUUCCUAAUCCAUCUGGGCUCCGCAAGCAGCGAUCGCUUGGCAACUUGUGUGUGCUCACUGAUGCUGAGAAGAAGCUGCACCUGUACCAAUCCCCUAGAUGGAAUGAUGAUGCAAGCCAACCAGGAGGAGGAACAAACAAACCUGGACAAACCAAGACAGGUCAAGCAGGUGGCGGGAAACCACCACUGUCUCGGACACUCUCAAAGUCAGAACAAUCCCUUUUUCAGAGUAAGCCCAAAUCUUUCAGCUCUCCAACUUCUACUUCAAAUUUGGGUAAGCCAAGUCGAAUCCCAGCCCCUGGUAAACCUCGAGGACCUUAUGCUGAAGUCAAGCCUAUAAGUAAGGCCUCUGAAGUAGGUCCAGCUACAGACUCUGCUGACCAACCUCUUAAAGCAAACUCCAAUGGAUCUGGGGGUGCUGGGACUAAUGGCAAGAAACCAGGGGACAAAGUUAAAUCUGGAGCUCAAUUAUCAGAAGAAAAGAAGGAGAAGAAAGGGACAGAUGGAGAGAAUGACAAGAGUUUUCUGAAGGUGGACCCUGAGUUAGUUGUGACAGUUCUAGGAGACCUAGAGCAGCUACUCUUCAGUCAGAUGCUGGAUCCAGAGUCUCAGAGGAAAAGGACGGUGCAAAAUGUGCUGGACCUUCGUCAGAACCUGGAAGAAACCAUGACCAGCCUAAGAGGGGUUCAGCUCAGCCACAGCUGUGCAGAGGGGACCAUCCACUAUGACAGUGAUGAAGCCGCUGCCUUCUCAAUCUCCAGCCUCUCCAAUCGCUCCUCUCCCCUCUCGUGGCGCCAUGGUCAAGCCAGCCCUCGUCUGCAGGCUGGUGACGCCCCAUCCACAGGUAGCGCUCCAUCAGACGUUCCCCUACGCAUCAGCCACAACUCACGUAUCCACCUCAUUGAAGACUUGGAGGAUUCAGAUCCGUCCCUCCUGAAGGUAGACUACCUCAGUGACAGCGAUCUUGGUGGGAAGAAUCCAAAUGAUGACUACGAAGACGACGGCGAUGAUGAUAUUGAUGACCUCGGGAAUGGUUGGGAUGAGAGCAGUUCCAUCAGCAGUGGCCUGAGUGACGGCUCAGACAACCUGAGCUCUGAAGAGUUCAACACAAGUCCCACCCUGAACUCUCUCCCCACCACUCCCAUUGGCUCACGCAGGAGCUCAACCAUGGUGAUGCGCACGGAUGCAGAGAAGAGAUCCCUGGUAGAGAGUGGACUGUCUUGGGAUUCUGAUGACAGCAAACCCAGGAGCAAAAGCCAAGGCGGUGGCUCUUUUGACACAGGAAGCUUGAAGUCUGAGUCGGCCAAGAAGUGGAAAGCAGAGAAGGGUGAACUAAAGAAACCGCAGACCCUGGGCCAGGGAAAUGGGUUGAAAAAAGGGAGAAACCCACCUGUGGGAGUCACCUCUCCAAUCACACAUACUUCCCAGAGUGCACUGAAAGUGGCAGGUACUGUGAGGUCAGAUGGAAAGCCCAUGGAUAAAUCUCGGCUGGCAGUGAAGGCUUCAGGACUUCAGCGUUCCUCCUCCGACGCUGGUAAAGACCAUCGAAAUGGCACUGUGGGUGGGGAACAGCGGAAACCCCCAUCUGGUCUCGUUAGGCCUUCAGCUGGUGGAAAUUUUGGCUUCAAGAAGCCCCCCACGUCCACCAGUGGCAGUGCAAACAACUCCAGUACUCCCACUGGCGGGAGUUCAGGCAUCAGCUCGGUGCCCAACAGCUCAGCAGCUGCGGGGAAGAUUCCAAAAACAUCUGGUAUUCCUGUUAAACCAUGUACAGGUGGUGGAGGACGUAAGACAAGCCUGGAUGUUUCAAACAGCGACCAAAGUGGCUUUUUGUCUUCAAAUGCCCGAACGUCUCUCCAGUAUCGCUCCCUGCCUCGUCCAGCAAAAACAAGCACCCUGACUUUAACUCGACCAAGCUCGGCACGCCCAGUGAGCACCACCAUGGACACUGGUUCUGGGCUAACCAAGCCUUCAGCAGCAUCAGUACAGGGUUCUAAGCUAAAAGAGCCUGGCUCAGGAUUGGGUUCCGGUAAGGCUGCAGGGCGUGGAAUUCCCAGUCCCAGUCCGGUCAAUCAAACUGACCGAGAGAAGGAAAAAGAGAGAGCCAAAGCUAAAGCUGUAGUAUCUGACUCAGAGUGUGGAAAUGGGCCUUUGAAGGGCAAUGCUGCUCAGACCCCUUCAGAGAAUGGAGGGAAGCCUUAUGGGCUGAGACCACCCAGCAGUCUUAAAAGCGUGGAUCUGUCUUCACCCAGCACACAGAGACUGUCUGGGGUACGCAGUUUGGCAAAACCUCCAUCCAUCUCACAACUAGACAAGCUUAACUCCAACGGCACAGAAGUGGAAGACCAAGAUGGCUUGCCUCCAAAGAUUCCUCCCUACUCUAAGCUUCAAGAACUUUCUAGCUCAACAGGAAUGUCAACCAGCCCUUGCCUGACCCCCAGCCCCGCACCGAUACUUAAUGUAAACUCCUCAGCUUGCUUUUCCGGUUCUGGCAUCGGCCUGGGACCUAGGCAGGUCACGUCCCUUGGCGAAGGUAGCACCUCACCCCUGCUCUACCCUCGCACAUCUGGGCUACAUCGCAGUUUGGAGUCAUUGCCCUUACAGAUGAGUCUGGCCCCAGAAAGCCAGGAGAGAGAUAAAGAUAGGGUGAGGGGACCACUGAGGAGAUGCACCACCACCUCAGAGUCUCAAAGCAAAGACACAGAGGUGGACAGAGACCCUCCUUCCAGCUGGAGUUCUGGAAGUAAAGUCUCACUCACUCUUAAAGACAGUUCUCAGAGAGACAGAAACACACUGCCAAAGAAAGGUUUAAGUUUCAGCAGUGCCUCUCAGCCUGAAGAGGAACUAAAGGAGAAAGGAGAGCGGAGACACUCACAUACUGUUCACAUUAUGAGUGACUCUCUCACCCUCCCCUUGUUGUCCUCGCCCACCUCCCUGCCUCGUACCUCUAAGACUAGCAUGGUACCCAGCCCUGUGGGCGGUCCCCCCAGGAUGACCCGGUCCAACAGCAUCCCCACACACGAUGCCUCCAUGGAGCUUUACAGUGCAUCGCCUCUGGGCAGCACGCUGUCCCUGGCUGAGCGUCCACGCAGCAUGGGGAUGGUUCGUUCUGGAUCCUUCAGGGACAGAGAGCCCAAUGAUGAAGUUCAUGGGUCUGUUCUCUCACUGGCCUCAAACGCCUCAUCGAGUUACUCUUCGGUGAGUGUGGGCAGCAUACAUAACCAGGCUGAGGAAAGGAUUCAAGGAGAGCAAAUCCGCAUGUUGAGGAGAGAGCUGGAGUCGUCACAGGAGAAGGUUUCCAAUCUGACCACUCAGCUUACAGCAAAUGCAAACCUGGUGGCUGCUUUCGAGCAAAGCUUGGCGCUGAUGACAUCUCGGUUGCAGAGUCUGUCUAUAAGCCACGAACAAAAGGAUUCAGAGCUAAUGGAGCUGCGGGAGACGAUCGAGGCUCUAAAGACCAGAAAUGAAGAGGCACAAGCUGUCAUCCACGGAGCAUUGAACAACCAAGACGUCAUCAAAGAUGUCCGCAUUCGGCGUCAGAACUCAUGUGAGAGUAUUUCCAGUCUGAACAGCUUGACCAGCAUGUCGAGUGUGGGCAGCCUGAAAGAUCAAGAGGCAAAGAAGAAGAAGAAGAAAAGCUGGGUGUUUGAGCUGAGGAGCUCCUUUAACAAGGCUUUCAGUAUUAAAAAAGGCUCCAAAACCUAUUCCGACAUUGAGGAGAUCACCACCCCUGACUCAUCAGCUCCCAACUCACCAAAGAUGGCUCAUGAGGGAGGAGAAGCGGGUGAGAAUCUCCCGUCAUCUUUGAGAACAUCAGCUUCUGCCACGUCUUCUGUGAUCAUGGAAACGGCAGAAGAGGGAGAAAAUGGCGAAAGAGCGGUAUCUGAGUUACGGUCGGAGCUUUGGGAGAAAGAGAGGAAGCUGACAGAUAUCCGACUGGAGGCUUUAAGUUCUGCACAUCAGCUGGAGCAGCUCAGAGAAGCCAUGAACAAUAUGCAGUCCACCGUGGACAAUCUAAAGGCAGAAAAUGACCACUUGAAAACAGGAAGUCAGUUCCCUGUCUCCGGCCCUGGUCCCACCUCCUCCACCUCUCAGCCAUCGGGCCUUGCUUCUCUCCUGGGGCCCUCAGUCAAUCAACCAACCAGCAUGUCCCUCACCAAAUCCUUCAGCCUCAGUCUGAAUGAUUGUAAAGCUCCAGAAUUGUCUUCUUGUGACCUGCUAAGUCUGUCUUCUCAACAUGAAGAGGUCCGUGCAAAAGUUCUGGUUUGCACUGGGGAUAAUAUAGAGGACAGGAAACAGAAACAAGAAUUCUAUCUAGGUUCAGUGAUGGUCAGUCCACGGAUGGACUGGACCUCCCUGGACUCCCUCAUUGCUAAGACCUUCCAAAACUACUUGAAUCAGGUGGACCCGACCGGAAGCCUGGGUUUGACCUGUGACUCUCUGCACAUGUACCAGCUGGACCAAGGGGUGCAGAGAGCUAUAGGGGGGGUCAGGCCCCAAGUCUCACCACAUCAAUCUCUUGGAAAUGGUCCCAGUCAAAUUUGUGUCACCUUGAAAGGUCUUAGAGAAAAAAGUGUGGACUCGCUGGUGUUUGAGACUCUGGUACCAAAGCCCAUGAUGCUGCAUUACAUCAGCUUGCUGAUGAAGCACAGACGUCUGGUUCUGUCUGGGCCGAGUGGGACGGGAAAGACCUAUCUGGCCCAGCAUCUGGCCCACUACCUCCUGCAGUGCAGCCAGAUUGACUCCUCCGACAGUGACCAUGAGUCUUGUGUCUUGGCCCGCAGUGCUGCAGUCACCUUCAACAUGCACCGUCAGUCACCAAAGGAUUUGCAGUUGUAUCUGUCAAAUCUGGCAAAUCAGAUUGACAGAGAGACCGUGGCAGAGCUGCCACUGGUUGUUAUCAUAGAUGAUAUCAGUGAUUCAGCGGCCAUCACUGAACUAGUAAACGGAGCACUUACCUGCAAGUAUCACAAAUGUCCUUACAUUAUCGGAACAACCAAUCAACCCAUGAAGAUGACAUCUAACCACGGACUGCACCUUAGCUUCAGGAUGGUUACGUUCUCCAAUAAUGUGGAACCAGCAAAUGGGUUCCUGCUGAGGUACUUGCACCGUAAAGCUGUGGAGACAUACCAGGAGGAAGAGCAGGAAUCCCCACAGCGGCAGGGACUUCUACGCGUCCUCGACUGGAUCCCUCAGCUCUGGUACCACCUCCACGCUUUCUUGGAAAAACACAGCACUUCAGACUUUCUCAUAGGUCCCUGCUUCUUCCUAUCUUGCCCAGUGUCAGUAAAAGAGUUCAGGCAGUGGUUCAUUGACCUGUGGAACCACUCCAUUAUACCAUACCUCCAAGAAGGAGCCAAAGAUGGCAUCAAGGUCCAUGGUCAGAAAGCCGUGUGGGAGGAUCCAGUGGAGUGGGUGAGAGGUACUCUCCCAUGGCCAAAUGCACAGCAAGACCAGGCCAGGCUCUUUCACCUCCCUCCUCCAAGUAUUGGGCUGCCCAGUGACGAGAAGAAGCCCUCCAAAGAUACACCUCCUCCCAGCACGCUGGAGUCAGACCCUCUGAUGGCCAUGUUGCUGAAACUCCAGGAAUCCGCCAACUAUAUUGAGUCUCCAGAGAGAGAAGGCUGUCUGGAUCCCAGCCUGCAGACUACACUCUGAGCUGGUGUAAACUGGGAUUAAACAAGAGUUUAAAGGACUCUAUGGUUAACAUGUUUUGUGCUCAGUGAGCAGCUUCAAAGCUAGUGUUAAAAAAAGGGUUUUGAAUUAAGGGUUUGCUCUGCCCUGUUUCAGGAGGACUGGGAAGACAAACUGACAAAAUGAUGAUUCUUUCUCUUGCCUCAGUUUUUCCCAUAUGGUUUUUUUUUUCUUGUUUAAUCUGCAAGUGCAUGGUGAAAGGAAAUGUAUGACGCAAAAUAUUACAGUAACCCUAAAAAUGUCCCAUGUUUCCCUUUUUUUGUUCUUUUUUUAAUAGCUACUGGUGCUCACAGGUUUUUGUUGAAGGCAGGCACUUCAUUUCAGCUGAUUGUGUUAUCGGCUCCCAAUGAGUUGGACCAUCACUGGACAGCAGCCAAAAUGCACUUUAUUUUCUACUUUUGAAAAUGGAAUUUUAGAGCGCAUAGUCAGUGAAUGUGUCGAAAUGGAGGGGGUGCCGGCAUAACUUAAAAGUGCAGUUUAUGAGGAAAUCCAGCAGGUGGCAGCAUCUACUGGGCCCUGUCUCAUUGUUUGAGUGGUUUGUCCUGAUAAGGUGCUCACUAGGUUAUGAGAAAUGUAAAACACACAUUUUUGAACAUGGCCUUGAAUGUUAAUUUUGUUGUUUACUGUAGAUCAGUUUGCCAAGGUGUGCAGCUCUAAGAGGAACAUGCAUGGAUGACUAUCAACUAGACUCUGCAAAGCCUCACUGGUCUUAGUUAACUAAUUUCUUUUCUGCAGAAAUAAAACACAGAUACAAUAGCAGCUUGUUGAUCAAGUCUACUGUCUCUGACUAUGAUUGCUUGCAUUGGUGGGUUGUGUUGGCUGCUCUCUUAUUUUGUGGUCACAAUAGCAAGUCAUUAAAAACUUGUGCACAGACUUGGCAGAGUUUUUACGCUGGAUAUCCUUCUAGCCUCCGUCAUCCGUAUCAAAGAUGCGGACUAAAGGAACCUAUGUUCUGCUCAGAUCACCUUUUAAACACAUAGAUGUGUUGUAAAAAAAUAAAACUUAAGAUGCUGAUUUUGUAGGAUUUUGUACUCUAGUCACCUUCAUCCAUCACCUCAACAGAUAACAUGCAUUUCAGCAUGGGAGCUAUAUAAGGCAGGGUACUCUGUGUUUACAGUGUACCCUGCCUGGCGAAGAUGCAUUUCAACAAAAUGACAUCAUGAAUAAUUUACUUCCUCUUUGCUCUUUAAAUCACAAGAUCUUUCUUCUCCAAACAUAAAGAAAGCCUUUAUUAACACAUUAAGUUAUUUUUCAACUAAAACCCUUUUCCCUAUUUUUUUUUCUUUUUGCACAAAAUAUUUGUUAAAAAUAAGAAACAGUAUUUAUUGCUCCUAUCUGACUGUUAUGUGAUAAAGGGAGGUGAAGAUAGAGGAAACUGCUGGUAAUGGAGAACUCGGUGCACCCCACCUCAACCCUAAUGUACCUCAGACUGCCAUAUUCUAUUAAGAUGUUCCUCUGCUUUUGUUUGAAGGUAUAAAAGUAAAAUCCUGAUGCCUAAGUCUAUCUGUGCCUGAAACCCAGUUUGGCCUAAAGCUGCUGUCAAGCUGCUUGCUCCCACCUGGAGGCCUCGAUUUGGAGGAGACAUUCUCUCACCUACUCUGAUGUCACUUUAUAAAGCGGUGACCUGGUGUUUGGGUUCUAAUCAACUGGACCUGGAUGAGCUUUUUUGCAAAUGUGAUACAUGUCAGAAUUUAAGAAUGUGCAUCACGUAUGGGCUGUUAGUGUGCAAUUGGACAGUUUUGAUCUCAAGGCUGAGAGAUUUCGGGCGAGCAGUAAGAUGUCCAAAUAUUCCUUUCAUGUAUUGGACCUACAGUACCACACUUUAACCGUAUCAGAGCGAAGAUCUUUUAAUGACUGGGACUCUUCCUCUUUUUGUUUUUGUGUUUUUUUUUAAAACAGAAUCAUGUUUUUCUUUUUGUUUUCUUUUCUUAUAUUUGUAAAAAUGUUCUCUCUUUUGUACAUGAAUGACAUUACUAUUGUAAACCUUGUACAUAGCCACUGCAUCUGCGACUACAAUCACUGAAGCGAAAAGAGAGAUCAAAGAAGAGCUUUGCCCGUUGAUGCAGAAAAAAAAGGACGUCCUGUGAUUUUUAUUGUCUUCCUCCUGCAGGAAGAUGCACUUGGAUUAAAAGUGGACUUCAUGAAAUGUCAUGUCUCAAUAAUCUCAUCAAAUUCCAUAUGUCUAACUUUAAGCACUGGACAUAAUAAAGUCAUGCCAUU